AUGUUACCUCCAUUCGAUUACUUCACCUACAGGCGUCUACGAGCCCAGAAACAAAAAGAGCGCGAACUUCGCUUUACAACCGGUCUUCCGCCCUACUACCAUCUUCGGAUUGGUGCUGCAGACAAGAAGAUCAUCAACCAACCUAUCGAAGAGCUCGUUCAUGAUGUGCAGGACUCAGCUGUCUCCGCUCUGGAGGUCUUGCGCACUUACGGCAAAGUCGCCGUGAAGGCUCAGAAGGAGUCGAAUUGCAUUACUGAGCUGUUGCUCCCGGAGGCCGAGUCGUGGCUGGAGACUGAUAUUAACCUGAAGGGUCCUCUUGCUGGAAUCCCUGUUUCUCUUAAGGAUUCUAUUCACGUCAAGGGCUUUGAUGCUUCGGUUGGGUACGCCGCUAUGGCUGGUAAGCCCAUUCUGGAGGAUGGCGCUAUGGUCAAGUUGUUGAAAGAUGCUGGGGCUGUUCCAUAUGCUAAGACUGCCCUGCCAAUUACUCUCCUCUCGUUUGAGUCGACCAACGGACUCUGGGGUGUAUGCCGGAACCCGCAUUCACCUGGCUACUCGCCCGGUGGCUCGACCGGGGGAGAGGCAGCUCUGUUGGCUCACGGUGGCCGUAUCGGUAUUGGAUCUGAUGUCGCUGGUUCUGUUCGUGUUCCGGCUGCCUGGAGUGGAAUUUAUUCGUUGCGCUGCAGUACCGGACGUUGGCCCAAGGGCGGCGUGAGCACUAGUAUGCCCGGCCAGGAAGGCAUCCCUAGUGUCUUUAGCCCUAUGGCUCGCACUCUGGAUGAUCUCACUUAUUUCACUCGUUCUAUCGUUGGGAUGCAGCCUUGGAAGUAUGAUAAUACAGUGCACCCCAUUGCCUGGCGCAACGAGCUCGAAUCUGAAGCUAAGAACAAGCCUCUCCGUAUUGGUUUGAUGAGCUCUGAUGGCGUUGUUCCCCCAACACCAGCCAUUAAACGUGCUAUCUCUACAACCGUCGCAGCCCUCACUGAAGCAGGCCACACUGUAUCAGAGAUUAGCACCCCACCGACGGCAGACCCCUUCACCGGUCUGAACCUCGCCUCGCAGCUUCUAAACGCGGACGGCUGCCACCACUUUAACGCUCCAUUGAAGAGCUUCGAGCCUUCAGACCCAGGCGCCAUCCAACUGUCCCGCAUCGCCCAUCUCCCCAGCCCCCUUCGCUACCUCUACUACCUCUACGUUCGAUAUAUCCGCCGCGAUGCAGUGUCAGCAGCCUUAAUCCGCAACUUCGGUCCCAAAUCCUCUGCUCAGCUCUGGACUCUCACAGCCCAGCGUGAAGCCUUCCGCGCCACCUGGCAUAAGUGGUGGGAUGCUGAAACCCAGCAAUUCGACUUCAUUCUCUGCCCCGUCAACGCAACCCCCGCUCUGCCCCACAAGGCCAUGCAUGAUGCCGUCUCCUCAUGUGGUUACACUUUCCUUUGGAAUCUACUCGAUUACUCUGCCGGUGUUCUGCCCGUCGGUCACGUAGAUGCUGUCCGCGACGCUCUCGUCACGCCCUACAAGACAGCCCUCAAGCGCCUGGGUGCCGAUCACGGUAUUUCCCGCGGUGCGUGGAAACAUUACGACUCCGUCAAGAUGGCCGGUCUGCCUACUGCAGUCCAAGUCGUUGGUCGGCGCUGGCAGGAGGAGUCGGUGCUGGGAUACAUGGCCGUAGUGGAGAAAGCCCUGGACGCAUACCGCGACCCGCAGACUGGACUUGGUUGCAGAUAUACCCUGCUCGAGAUUGAUUGA